AGAUCAGUUGCAAUAAAAUCGUUCGUUAGAAUGCACAAUCGCGUAAUUGAUUCAUUUCCUCCUCCUUAUCACAAGGAAGUCACUCCUUACUCACAAGAUAAUUUCUCGGACGAAGUGUUGAAAGGAUACCAUAGAAAGGUUGUGUCGAAUUUCCAGAACGUCUGCAAAGUGAUUGUGGUCGGUGAUGUUUCAGUCGGGAAAACUGCGCUGGUUAAUAGGUUUUCUUACAACACUUUCGAUGAUGAGUCCAGAGCUACAAUUGGGGUUGAUUUUGAGAUUGCGAACUUUAGUGUGAUGGGUGUGAAUUUCAAUUUGCAAGUUUGGGAUACUGCGGGACAGGAAAGAUUCAAGUGUAUCGCUCAUGCUUACUACAGGAAUGCAAAUGUAAUCUUGAUUGUAUUUGACUUAAACAACUUGGAAACUUUACGGAAUGUUCCUGAAUGGCUUGCCAGUACCCUAAAAGUGAAUUCUCGAACUCCAUUAAUAUUCCUGGUUGGAACAAAGUGUGAUGCCUUGGACCUCGAAGAAUUAGCUCUAGUGGAACAGAUUGCCAUGGAUUUAGCGACAAAUGUUAACGCGGAAUAUUGGUCAGUAUCAGCGAAAACUGGUUUCAGUGUUGUGGAGCUUUUCCAUCGUAUGGUGGCGCUAGCGUUUGAUGAUGCCAUUAAACAAUGCCUGGUAGAAUGUAUGUCCAGGAAAAGUCUGACUUCCAGCUCUUUGAAACUGACCAAGGUAACAACGGAAGAGGAUUCGGCGUCAAAAUGUACAAUGUGUUAUCCUUGCUAAGUUUUGGUUUGAUUCAGUCUACACAUUUGUUUAAUAUUUAUAAAAUGGUUUACUAUAUGAAGGUGUUCAUAAAACCAAAUAAAUAGGAUUUUACAUCCUUAAUUUCUAA